AUGCGUUUUGCACGCCAUCAAUUAUUUGCUAUUCUCAAACUUGAUAACAUAACGCACGGUGUGGGAAAAUAUAUGUGCGAAGCAAAAAAUAAGCAUGGUAUGACAAAGAUUUUUAUUUAUAUUAUUCAAUCAGAUACUCAAAUUAGGCCAUCGUUAAGUUAUAGCAAUAUAAAAAGCCGAAGUGCUUUGCUUCAUUGGUAUAUAUCGAAUCAACGUUAUGAUCGUUUUAAUCAUUUCAUUAUUUACUAUCGGCGUUUGUCGACUUUCGAUACAAAUUUAAAUGAAAAAGAUGAAAUCUUUAAUAUUCAAGAUUACGAACAAGUCCUGUUUGAUCCACGUACUACAAAUUAUAAUUUCACAUUUCAAGUGGUCGGUCUGGUUCCAUUUACUAAAUAUGAAUUUCGACUUCAAGGUUUUAUUGGUCAUACACCAUCAGAUUAUUCAAACCCGAUUUUCACUACAACACUUGAUACUGUACCAGAUAAAAUUGAAAAUCUUCAUGGCUAUGUUUGGAAUGAGACAUCAGUUGUAGUUCAUUGGACACCACCAAAUUCAACAAAUGGGCCUCAUUUUUAUUACGUUCUCUACUAUACAAACAAUACAUCCAUUCCAUUUUCUCAAUGGACUAAUAUUAUUGUUCGUACAUAUCCAUUCUAUAUGAUUUCAAUGUCAAUUUCGCCGAGUUUUCAACUGUUCACUCGUGUUGCCAGUGUCAAUGCAAAAGGUUUAAUUCUCAGCGAUUUUCAUCAAAUUAAUUAUAAUUCAUCAAACAAUCGAGUCAUAUCAACUAUUGAUACAUUUCAAUGUUUUUCUAAUGAACAAAAUCAACAAUUAAAUCUUCAAUGGUCUAUUGAUCAUAGAUCGCAUUCAUACAUUGAUAAAUAUCUUCUAUAUUAUUCUGAUUUAACAGAAAAUAAUGGUGAUUUUAUUCGAAUGAAAAUCAUUUCAAUUGAUUUACUUACCAUCAAAUAUUAUUCAACAUAUAAUAUAGUGAAAUAUGAAUUUAAUACAUCGGUAUUAAAUCUAAACUUCAAUCGAUAUCAUGUUUUACGUUUACAUUUAUCUAUUAUUGAUGAAAAUCAAAAUCAGCUACAAAUGACACUUUCACCUAUCUAUUGUAUACUCACAAGGCAAUCUGAUAAAGAUUCGAUUCGUUUGUCAUGGUCGAAACCCGACCGUUUAACAUCUAUAUAUGGUUAUACAAUAAAAUAUCGUUCAAUAAAUUCCAAUCAACCAUGGAUUGUACGGCAAACAAAUGAGACAAAAAUCGUUUUAGAUAAACUUAGUCCUAUCACGAGAUAUGAAAUUAUUUUACAAGCGUAUACGAAUUCUUCGCAUACAGAUUCAGCUGGACCAUCGACACGUAUUGAAGCCAUAACAGAUGCAACAGGUAACGUUCAGUGA